AUGGGAAACCUGCUGAGCGUGCCGCCGCUCUCGCCACCUGCAGAGCAGAAGCGAAUCCUUGCAGCUACUGAGAACUCAAAGUCUCCUAUCGUGCUCUGCGCUGAACCGCUAUUCGUUGAUGAAGUAAUGGCCGCACCUGCUUCUUGGAGCGAAGAAAGUCUUUGCCGGACCAUCCAGCGCUUCUUCGGUCUGCUUCCAGACUCUCCGGCAAGUCACACUAUCCAUCAUCGAUGA